CACCCUCCCCAGAAAGCUCACUAUUCUCUUCUAAGUUUAGUCUUGGUUUAUUGCUGUAAUGUCAAGUAGUAGAAAUAGUGGGAACACAGAUUUUUACCUUGACUUUUCUACGAAGAGCAGGCAGCUCGGAGUGUUGUCAGCCCUGGUUUCAGAACAGGUUACUUUAAACAGGCAGUGCCUGUACUAAACUUGCUGUGGAGUUUAAACUGCUCACCGCACAACUAGAGAGUAAUUCUGCUAUUUUUUUCUGCGUUUUUCAGCAAAUAAAACAUCUCACUGCCUUGUAGUGCCACCAAGUGGACACCUUUCCCUGACAGUAAAACUUUCUUACCAUUAUUUCAACUUCUGCUCAACUUUCAGGGACGUUUAUUGCUAAGUGACGCUUCCUCACACGCUGAGGUGUUCUGAACCAAAUUAAACACCUCAAACAGAACAGCAUGUUUUAAUUGCUUACCUCGUGCCAUGCUGAAGAGAGCCAUUUGACAGCAGCAGAACCUGACACUCCCAGUUACCCAUGAGGAUAAUGCAUCUAUGUGCACUUUUCUGCCUUUGUUAAUAACUUGACCUGGGAGAAAUCAGCCUGUGAAGUUGUAGCUGAAAGCCUAAUGGUCUGCUUACUCAAAUCUUCUUCCUCCAUCUGAGGGAAUGUAUAGAAAGUUGUCUUUCAUUCCAGAGACAUUAUCCUCCUUUCUAUAUGAAUGUUCCAAGUUUAUUUCCUUUUACAUUCUUACUGAGAGAAGUACGAGCACCAGCAUGGAGACUGUGGAUUUUGAGAAAGCAUCCGUUUUCUCUGCACAGAGUGCCCAUACUUCAGGCAGCAGGAAAGAAGAACUCUUUGAAUCUCCUUGAACUAACUGAGGCAGACUUAAAAGAACAGUUUGUAAGAGGUGAUGGCCCAGGAGGGCAAGCCACAAACAAGACAAACAACUGUGUUGUCUUGAAGCAUAUUCCAUCUGGGAUUGUAGUGAAGUGUCAUCAAACAAGAUCAGUGGAGAAGAACCGAAAGAUAGCAAGACAAAUCUUGCAGGAAAAAGUUGACCUCCUCUACAAAGGUGAAGACAGUGAUGUCUUUAAAGAGAAGAAAGCAUCAGAGAAGAAGAAGCAGGAGAAAAAAAGAAGAGCAAAGGAAAACCUAGAAAGGAAAAAACUUUUUAAAGAGAUGCAACAACUGGAAAAGAAAUAAAAAUGUGAAACACUGACUUGCCCUGGUAGGGUAAAGGAAAUGUUUGUCAUUAUACCCAAACACAGUUUCAAAACUGAGGUGAUGUAGGGCUUCAUAGGCACAGCUGAAAUACUGAGCAAUGACCUGCUAUUGCUGUAAAACUCAAAUGAUAAAAGCCAUCAUCUCAUUGAUCACAUUUAGCAAGCAUUUCUUCUGCCAAGUUUAGAAGAUGAUAAAUCAAUCCUUGUUCAUAAGGAACUCUAAACUUUCCACCAUUGUUAAUGAAGACAAGAAACAUUUCGAUGGGUCUCUUCUGCCAGGGUGAAAACUUACAAUGUUUCAUAGGAGGAGUUGCAGUACAUAAGGAGAGGAGCCCUAAAAGGUCACAACUUCCUGUCCUUACUCAAUGCCUCUACUGAUUUAAAUCCUUUCUAAAAACUAACAAGGUUUAGAUGCUGGUUCUGGUGGUAUAAAGAGACUUGCUGAUAGAAGAGACACCAGUCACUGCUUCCCUCCUUUACAUCCCUUGGCCAAACAAACCCUCUGUCCUACUUGAUUCUGAAUAAGGUUUAAACACAAGCUUUACAACUCUUUCAAGAAAGGGGUGUCCAUCUUGUUUUUCCACCUCAAAGGUAAAAUCAGGUCACUACAGACCCAAGGCAAUAGAAUACAGCUCAUCCCAGAUGUGAAGUAAUUAACUUUCUCUCUUAAUACUGCAUUGUGUUCCAAGUGUCCAUAGCUCCAUGUGUACCCAUAGCUCCAAACAGCCCAUCUUCCUUCAGAGUUAGAUUUGAUUGUACAACAGGGAGUUACAGUCAUUUACUAUGUUCAUACAAUGCUGCACUUGAGCAUUUUGGUAUCUUCACUCAUUUUGACAGUUUCCCAUUUGAUGCAAAUACAUUUGCAGCCACGUUUCCUUUGUUGCUGUUACUUCAAAGCCAACUACUGAAGUUUUACUUUCCCACUUUAACCCUGCUGUAACUUCUAAUUGCUUAACCCAAGCUUGUAAUUUUUGGACAGCUGCUGAGUUCUGGCCUUCAGCAAUGACAGGAGAGAGCUUCAAGUACAGAAGCCAUAGGAUCUGUCCAAAGCCACGGAGACCACUAGCAACUACACCACCUGCUUACAGAGACCGACUGCAUCAAGGGAAAGAAACUCCAGCAGUCUGCAAGCCCAUUCCCUUUUCUGUUCCUGAACUUAAGCCUCCUGCACAAAGGUUACAUUUUAAUCUGUUUAGAGUUGUUGUUCGUGGAGUAUGAAUCCAAUUAAAGUGACUGUACAUAGUUUUAAUACAAA